AUGAACAAUCAUACUAACCCUCCUCCCGCAUCUCACAUGUUUAACGAUUGGGGGGUAAAUCGUCCACACACAUCCGAUGUGAUGACAUUGUCGAGGGUUUCAUUGGUUCCUCCUCCUACUCCUGUGGCGCCCAAUCAUUUCCACACUAAUCCUGACCUUGUAAGACGUGCAGAGGAUCUGAUAAUGUCCAUUGAACAUAAAAUAAAUGUAUUGGAACUGGAAAAAAGAAACCCGAUACUCAAUGAUACGAAGAAAAAGGACGAAACUGCGGCCACUAAAUUACCCCCUGUGCAAAAUGGACUUAGCACGGGCGGAAGAUAUGCGGCUUUUGUAGCGAGGAAAUCUUACUACCUGCUGCUCUUCCUACCUUGUGGUAAGAUGAAAGUAGCCUUUGCACUGGGUUUAUUCUUAUGCGCCAACGCAUAUACGUUCUACAGUUCGGAAUAA